AUGGCCGAAGAACCAACCAAGUCUCCGGUCUCGGAGGUCCGCGACCACGCCGCGGCCUCUGAGCCGGUGAAGGCAGUAUGGUACCAUUCAACGCUGUUCAAUGCGUUCGUCAUUGGAGGUGUCGGCUUCAUGGCCCCUGGCCUUUGGAACGCCAUGAACGCACUCGGCGCUGGCGGUGCCCAAGAACCCUUCCUCGUCAAUGCCGCGAACGCUCUCGUCUUCGGUCUCAUGGGUUUCCUUUGCCUCUUCGGCGGACCGAUCGCCAACCGCAUCGGUCUCGCCCACACCCUCCUCCUCGGCGCUGUUGGAUACCCGCUUUAUUCAGCCGGUCUCUACUGCAAUAACCGCUUCGGAAACGUGUGGUUUGUCCUUGUAGGCGCGGCUGCUUGCGGUAUCUCGGCCGGGCUCUUCUGGGCUUCCGAGGGCGCGAUCGCUUUGGGGUAUCCCGAGCCGUCAAAGAGAGGAAAAUACAUGAACAUCUGGCUGUGGUUCCGCACAGGCGGUCCGUUGCUAGGUGGUGCAAUCGUUUUGGCACUGAAUAACGAUGCUGCGGCGAAGAAGAAGGGCAAGGUUGGAUAUCAGACGUAUCUGGUGUUCAUCGCGCUGCAGUGUGUCAGUGUGCCACUCGCGCUAUUGCUCUCGCCACCGGAGAAAGUACAGAGAAGCGAUGGCAGCAAGGUCAUAAUCAAGGCCGAAAAGUCUUUCUCUGCUGAAUUCCGGGAGUUGUGGCGAGUCUCCAAGAGAAAGGAGAUCUUGCUUCUCCUCCCGAUUUUCUGGGCGGCGUACUUCAACCAGUACAGCGGAAACUUCCAAUCUUACUACUUCGGAGUCAGAGCAAGAGCGCUCAUCGGCUUCGUCAGCAACUUUGGUACGCUUUUAUCCUCGCAGCUCAUGAGCACGCUGCUCGACUACAAGGGCUUCAGCGUCAAGAAGCGCAUCAACGUCGGCUUCUACUACGUCGUCGUCUGGCACGUCAUCGCCUGGGUCUACGGCUGGGUCAUCCAGGAGAAGUACACGGCGAACCCGCCGGCGUACGACUGGGAGGACAAGGGCUUCACGGAGGGCUUCUUCGUGCUGCUGCUGUGGGAUUUCGCGCGCCAGGCGCUGCAGAACUGGCUGUACUACCUGCUGGCGACUAAGACGGACAACAUCUCCGAGCUGGCUCGAUUUUCUGGUGUGCUGAGAGGCCAGGAGAGUUUCGCGCAGGCUGUUGCGUUUGGGUUGAAUACCAGGAAGUGGAAGGGCGGUCGGGUGCCGUUGGCUAUUAACACGAUUCUUCUGGGUCUUGCUGUUUACCCGACUUGGCUUGUGGUUCGGGAUCAUGUUCCUGUUGAGACCGACAAGUUUGCGACGGUUGAGGAAGGGUCGCAGGGAGAGUUGGCUGAGACGAGGUUGUCGGCUGAUGAGAGGAAGGAGUUUGCUAUCGGGCAGACUGGUCUCGGAAGAGAUGCGAAGAUGUAA